AUUUAACAUUCAAAGAUGUCUAGAAUAUUCAUGACUGUUGGAACUACCAGUUUUGAUGAAGCAAUAUCAACUGUUCUUACACAAGAUAUCAUUAAUAUUUUCAAAAAACUCGGAUACAAAUAUCUGACCAUCCAAACUGGGAACACUAAAUUAAACCUAGCUCCAUCAAUAACUUACGAUGAUUUCUUUGUUUUUUGCUACAAAUUUAAAAGUUCUAUACAAGAAGAUAUUAGAGAAGCAGACUUUGUCAUCAGUCAUGCUGGUGCCGGAAGUUGUAUUGAAGUUCUAAAUGCAAAAAAACCUCUUUUAGUCAUAGUGAAUGAAAAAUUAAUGGGUAAUCAUCAAUUGGAAUUAGCUAACGCUUUAGAAAGCAGAGGUUGUUUGCAUUAUUGUACUUGCAGUAAUAUUAAAGAAAUAUUGGGAAAAGAUUUUAGAUCAUUGAAUGAUGCUCCUGAAAUAAAUACCAAAGAAUUUGUGAAAUAUUUAGACGGGUUAAUGGGUUUUUGAGAAAGGACCGGAAAGGAUUUAUAACCGAAUGCACAAAGAAUCACAUUCUUGCAUUAAAUAUAAAAAGGUAACAGACUUUUGGGCAUUAACAUUUUUCUAAAUACGUUCUCAUAUACUAGUUGUUAAUUAAAACCUGUUAUCUGUUAAAAUUCAUACAUAUAAUUAUAAACUCUCA